ACAAAAAAUGGGGGCGAUCUCGCUGUACAGGGGAAACCUCCACAGAGUACCCGACGUGCCUCGGCGAUGGCUUAUGCCAACCCCUCAAAUCUCCCUCAAAGACUUCCGAACCCUCUUGUCCCGCCGCUCCCGAGCCCUCUCUCGCCUUCGUCCCUCCACCGCCACCGCGGCCGCCACCUCCUCUAACCCUAACCCUAACUCAGUUCCCGAACACCACGAAGAAGCUCCGAAGGAGGAUCCCGGUGCGGCCUCUCCCGAGACUCGAGCCAGAGCGGAGAAGUUCGCCGCCGAUUGGGGAGAAGGGCCGUCCGGCGAGACCAAAGACGGCAGAGAUUCGAACUCUAAUGGUUCUCCAGCGAAGCCGGUCGAUAAGUCUGAUUCGUUGCCUGAUUCUGGACCUAACGCGCCCGAGGGAGGAGGUGAUCCGGUGGGCGACGGUGCAAAACAGCUAGCCGUGGAGGUUCAGAAAGUUGAGGAAUUUGCUAACCCUAAUUCGGAGGUGGGAAAAAAAGAGGACCUGCCAAAUGAGAAACAGAAAAGGAAAACAGAAGUUGAGGAGAAGUUGCAGGUUUUGAAUGACAAGAAACAUAGUCUAGUACAAUUGUUAAAGCAGAUUUUAAAUGCGGAGGAGGAAUUGAAGAGGCGGAUUAAUAUGCAAGGAAAUGCUCUUCGCCCAUCGGCUCCUCUUAGUGGGGAUGUAGAAGGAGUAGAAACUGAUGCUCUUUCAAAUCAGAAUUUUCAUUCUCGUCAGAUAUUCCGGAUGAACAGCAUGUCACCAUCUUCAGAGUCUCCUAUUAGAAGGCCUCCAUUCAUUCAACACAAUGUGGCUCCUCAUCCAACCUCUCGAACCAGCUUAGGGACCACUAGUAGUCCACUGCGGUUUACUCCCAUGGCCCAUCAGGGGCAUCCUACAAAUGUGCCGACGUUAUCUGUGUCUGGAACAAAUUACGUUGCAUCAUCUCCGUCUCCUGCAGCGUCUGGGGGCACUUCUACUUUUAGAGAUACUCGAUUGCCAAGUCCGUGGAACUAGAAUUAUGAUAGUGUUAUUCUUGAACGUGACAUGAAGUUAAUUUCAAAGCUAAUUUCCGAGCCCCCCAAGCCAGGCAAAGCUCUCUGUUUGAUUGUGCAAGGCAAAGCUCUGUUUGAUUGUGCAAGGCAUGCUGUGGUAUGGUGGCUUUGCAUUCUAUUUGUUCUGAUAACUCGCCUUUCUUAUUGUACAUCUGUAGGAGAUAGAAAACUUGACUGGAGGUUAACAUCUCGCCAGACUUGAUGAUGUAAUUAGGGAUAUGUUUACGGUGUUGACCCCGUCGUAUCUAUAUUCUAAUUCUUUUUAUGGUAACAAUAUGACUUGACACGGUGGUGCAGAAAGUUUUCUUUCUACAAUUCUAGUCUUUGUUUGUAAUCUAUGCCCUUCGUGUAGACAUAGAAUUUGUUGAUCCGGUUGGUGUCUUGGCGUGAGUCAUUCUUGAAAGAAAAUUGUUUUGGCUCUAUAUGCUACCUUGUUGGCUGUUGUGCCUUCCCAUUUUGAAUCUAAAUACCAUUGCCGUAACCACUAGGGAAAAAAGAAAAAGAAAAAAAAAAAAAAAAACUUGGCCUUGUCAAAUCUUCAAGAUCUUUCUUUUGAUUCUACUAUGUCAAGUUCAUGCACGAGAUUUCACGUGUGAUUUCUUAACAUUUUUUAUUAUUUCACAUUUGUUACUUGCGACAUGGAAUUGAACAACUUGUAGAAUCAUUGCUGUGGGAUAAACAUUU